AUGGGAGCGGUGUGCGGUAGACCAAAGAAGGGGGUAGCCUCUAAGGACCCCCAAGCAGCAAACGAUUCACAAACGGCUGUGCAGAAGCAGCAGACUGCCGUUGGUGCUAAUGCAGGCGCCGGCACGGCGGAAGCGGGUGCUAAGGUAUCCCCCCAUCCAGCAGUGGCAGCUCAAUCAAGUUUGCCGGUGACACGCAAUGCUGCGAGAAUAGACGAGUUCAAACCCGGAGACGGCGACGGGGUGUACUUACUGGAAGCGACGGAGGGACACGUUUCUUUGGUGUCUCAAUAUGCACACGACAAGCCUACGGACCAAGGCAUUGUGCUUCUGCAGGUGAAGGCUCCGCCUUACAGGCCGAUACCCGAAAGCCGCUUUGUCCUGCAAUCAGGAAAGAGGAUUCUGCGCCAGAAUAUUGAUAUGAUGAAAGAUACCACCGAAGCAAAGACGAAAUACUGCGAGGUCGUGAUGGAGUUCAUCCGUCUCGCAGCUACGUACAACGGCUUCUUGUGGGCAUCUACCCACCUCGGCGAAAUCAAGCAACCCUUCAGCAUCUUCUACUUGGAAUCCCGACAGAAGGCUGCUCCGGAGCCAGAGGCACCCGUGGCAGAGAUCAAAAACACUUUACCAAUCGGGAAAGAUGCACUGGAGAAGAAGAAAGCGGCUACCGGAGAAAACGAUACCAAGAAGGAAGGAGAGCAGAAUGAGUCCGGAGAAAACGAUACCAAAAAGGAAGGAGAGCAGGGUGCGCCUGGAAACGCACCUGCUGCUGAAUCCGAGCAAGCUCCCAAGACGAAAAACGAGAUCGUCGUUAAGUUUCUAGGUCCUGAAUGCAGCGUUUCUCACAGGUUGUUGGCGACGUGUGGCAUCCUUCCGCUUUCGCUUGAUAAAGCGAAGGAGCUUAUCCCAGAGGACAAGCAAGUCAACAAUGUCGACGAGAUCAAAACCAUCGUCACCGAAGCAGGCGGCUUCUUUGUGUCCCCGGCGGCGGCGUGA